GGGAGAGCUAGAGAGCGGGCGCGCGAGGGGGGCGUGGUCCCCUUGUUGCAGACCCGGGAGCGCGGCGAAGCAAGCCACCCGGCCCGGUUCCAGGGCUAGGGGCUUCGCCGGCCUGCCGGCCGGGAAGGAAACAGGGGAGUGGGGUGCACAGUGCGGGCAGGCCGUGGCUAGCCACCCCCUCCCCUGGCACAGCGGCCCGGAGCCGGCCCGGGAGCCCCCUCCAUGGAGUCCCAGCGGGCUGUGGCGGCUGAUAGUCGGAUCUGCUCCCCGCCCCCGGGAUUGACGGCUGCGGCCGCGCUUGGCUGCCCGGACUGUCCGCCGGCUAGGGGAAUGUGCUGCGGUGUCCUUCCGCCCUGCAAACCGGGCCCCACCGCGGCCCCCGGCCCCGGCCCUGCGGGUAACGCCGUCUACACGGUGCUGGUGGACGAGUCUCUGCUGAGGCGGAAGGCGGGGUCGGCCCCGGCCCCCGGGAGGCCCGGACAGCUGCAGCAGCAGGGGGCUAUCCAUUGCACUGGCCAAGUGGGGCCAGAGGAAUUGCUGCCUGGGCAGAAAGCCGAGGAUCCAUGGGGCCUAGGGAGCUGGGAUGAGGCUGGAGACUGGGACCAGAGUGGGCUGCUGCAAUCUGCAUACAUCCCUGUCCCCAGGCAGAGAUGCCCCCCAGGAAAGGCUGGGCUGGAUGAAGUCAUGGCUGCUGCAGUCCUUACCAGCUUGUCUACUAGCCCCCUGAUUUUGGGUCCUCCCUCUGUACCCUUCAGCCCAGAGUCUUGUUGUGAUCCUUGGAAAGAGUCUUCUGCUGGACCAUCUGGCAGCUACAGCAGCAGCAGCAACAGUGGAGACUGGGGCUGGGACCCCCCCAGUGACCAGUCUUCUCCAUCCACACCUUCGCCACCACUGCCCCCUGAAGCUGCCCAUUUUCUGUUUGGGGACCCCACACCCCGGAAGAGGAAGAAUUCAGUGAAAGUGAUGUUCAAAUGUCUGUGGAAGAGCUGUGGGAAAGUGCUGAGCACGUCAUCUGGAAUACAGAAGCACAUCCGAACAGUGCACCUGGGGCGUCGGGCAGAGCCAGAUCAAAGUGAUGGCGAAGAGGAUUUCUACUACACUGAGCUGGACAUCAAUGUGGACUCACUAACUGAUGGCCUGUCUAGCCUGACUCCCAUGUCACCCACUUCCUCAGUGCCCCCAGCCUUCCCCAGCUUGGAUCUGCCAGUCCCAGCUCCGUCUGAGACCACAGCCAUGCCCACCAUUCUGAGUUCUGUGGUUCCCACCACUUUGUGCCAUGUUCACACCGACCAUGCUUACCAGGGCUGUCUGACUCCAGUCCAUUCAGCUGGGAUAUCAGAUAAGAGGCCACAACUUCCCCAACCUACAGUCAUCAAGCCCCCUGUACCAGCCAUGCCCUCUGGCCUCAAACCUACCACAGGCAUAAGGAAGCCUCGGGGUGAAGCCAAGAAGUGCCGGAAGGUGUAUGGGAUGGAAAACCGGGACAUGUGGUGCACGGCCUGUCGCUGGAAGAAGGCCUGUCAGCGGUUCCUCGAUUGAAGCCCAGCUUGAUCCAGCCCUACCCCUAACCCCAUUUCUUGCACAGUUUGCACUGCAGGUGCCUUGAAAUCCCCGCCCUGUCUGGGAAGCUGUUCCCUUCUCUCAUGACUUGGGGGCAGCUCUUCUCCCCAGCCCCUAUGGGGUCUCCAGAAGGCCCGUCCUCCAGCUGAGGAUAGGUGGCACAGCCUCUGAACUCGGCCCCCCUUGCUUUUUUAAAAAAGGAAAUAAGCUAUUGUCCUCUUACCCCUCCCCUCCUGUCACCAAAGGGCAGGUGGAUCGGAGGUGGUGCCCCGAGACGAUUCUUUCUCCCUCCCUUACCUCCCCCUGCCGCGUUUGCACGUGUGGGCGGGACGUAUGUGACAACUCAAAAGUGCCUGAGGAAACCAGCAGUUUGCACUAAAACGCCGAGGGUCGCGGCCGGCCCCUUUCCCACCCUUUUUCUGGACUGCACGUGCAGUGGGGGGCCGCGAAGCUGUGGACCCUGGUGAAAGGAGCCUGAGCCUAUCUCCAGCAGUCGCCCUGCCUGCGUGUGGCCAUGAUCAUCUUUCGCUUUAGGGGCAGGAGGGGCUUCCCUUUGCCCCCGUGUACGUGUGUGUCGUGUCGUGUCGUGUGUCUGGUCUGUGUAGUGUGUCAGACUCGCUGGUGCCUGUCCCUUCGGAAGGGAAUUUCUGGGUCUCCCAAGAGAUGGACUUUGCGAAAGUAGGCGGUGUACGCGUAGGCGAGGAAGGCAAAGCCGUUUUUAAAGAUUUUACACCUUCGCGCGGGCGACUCGAGGAGGUGCGAGGAGGCGGGGGUCUGGCCACACCUCUGCUGCUGGGGCUCCGCCUCCUCUGCCUCUCCCCCUGGACCUGAGGCCGGGGCGGGGCGGGAGGGCACAGCUGCUUCACGCCCACGGCCCCAGGGGUUCCAGCUGUGCACUCCGCCCCCGCUCGGAGCCUCCGGCGCCGGCUCCGGUCCCGGGGAGGGACUAGUUGCGGGGGCCGAAGCUGGCCGGCGGCCCCUGGCGUCCAGUCCCCGCCUCCACGAGAGGGACGGUGUCUAAUGCACUUUGAAGGGGAGCCCGGAGAGGGCUCCGGUCUCAGUCGGGGCGUCUCUCCCGUGCUCCCUGCCCCCUCGGUGCCGCCCUUUAAGGGGCUCUCGGCCUGGGCCCUAGGAUCAGGAAUCACAUUCCAAACUUCUUUCUUUGCAAACCGGUUUUCUUGAAACUUUCUCCUGCUAAACUAACGAUGUUAGGUCUUCACUGAGUGUUUGAAGGGAAAGAAAAUUGCACUGUCCGCGGGGUCCCCUCCGGCUCCUGUUCUUGGCCGGGCUGGCGGGGGUGGAGUCGCGCGGACACUGUACCAUGUAGGAGAAGCUCAGGUCUCUCGCUUUUGGCCCUCUUUUACACAACUGUAUCAGGGCGAGAAAAGAAAGUAAAGUGUUUUCGGUGUUUUUUUUUUCCAGAA